GUCCAGUUACAUUUUGUAGAUCGAUAUCUCAACCGAGUCACUAUGUUACGUUUUAUCCUCUCUGUGUUGUCGGUUAUUGCUGUACUGUCGGGAUCCACUGUCGCAGCCAGUGAUAGCAGGAGUUAUACAGCUCUUAAGUUUGCUUAUGAUGGAAAUAGUUUGGUAACAUAUAGCCCGGACAUGACCCCCUUCACAGACAAAUUUACUAUUUGUGUGUGGGUUCGCAAACUCCAGUCAGGGAGAAACCCGUCCCCAUUUGCUUAUAAAGGUUACGAGAUAUUCGUGACAGAUAGCGGCUACUACAACAUGCUGUUUAGAUCCACCUCCCUGGAUGGUGAUCUGAUUAGCAAGUUUACCUCACCAGUAGGUACAUGGUUUAUGUACUGCUCCACGUGGAGCCUCGCUUCUAGAACCUUCAGAGUCUACGUUAAUGGUGAACUAGCAGGUACCCAGACCACACCUUCUGGGAGGAAGCUGCAAACAAGUGGAGCAUUAACCUUAGGGAAUUAUUCACCAAAUAGCGGUCAUCAUUUUGGUGGCGAACUGUUUAAUUUUAACGUAUACUCUAAGGAGCUGACAGCUACAGAAGUAGCUGCCAUGUCUUCAGGUGGUCUCUGUACAGAGAUACCUGAACAGUUGGAGGAGUAUAGAGUUAUAAAGUGGGAAGAUAUUGUGAAGCUGAGUAGGUCUGGUACUGUGCAGGACUUCAUCGACCCAUUAUGUGCUGAUUCUGAUGAACUGCAGAGGACGAGAGGAAAGCUGGAGUUAGCCGUUAGUGAAAAGAGUACUCUACAACUUUCCCUAAACAGGACGCAGAUAGAACUACAGGAAGUUCAGGGGCUGUUCAACUCAACCCAGGAAGAACUAGUUGGGGUAAAGAGAGACCUAGGGGAAAUGGGAGGAGAGCUGAAUGAGACAAAAAGUCAGCUUGAGGACACAAAGUUGGAGUUGGAGGAUACUAAGUUGGAGUUAAAGAACGUCACCGAGUCUAAAUGUGCGCUUCAUAAAGGCAACCUAACGAAGUGGGAUAUGUUUUAUUCGCCCGCUUAUUAUAAUAAAACAUUUACUCGCCGACUAUAUCAACAACUCACCACAACUUGGGACUCUAUUAGCAGUAAACUGUUUGGUAUGACGAUAACUGACAAGGUAAUUGAGCUGAUUAAAGAUCUGGAGGACGAUCAGAUCGAUCACUGCGGGGACUUAUCAUAAAGCCUAGCUACAGAGAUAAUCUUACUAAGGUGGUACUGAAGAAGAGACUGCGAGCUUAACUUAUGGGAAUCACGGUGUUCUUCUACUUCAAUAAUAGACAUUAUUAAUUGUAAACUUUAAUUAUGUUCCUGACUUUUUUUAAACUAUUAACUGUACCGCACUUAGUUGACAUGUUUAUUGUGCUACUAUUACUAGUAAGUUUCAGACAAUAUUAUCAUAGUCAAAGUAUUAUUUGAAACGUUUAUCUUAUCUUUUAGUACACUACAGUGUUAUGUUACAUGCUAUAAAUAAUAAUAGGCAGUAGUUGAUA